GCAGAAAAAAAAGUGAAGAAAAUCAAAGCGGAAGUGAGGAACUGAACAGAGCAGGAAAAGUUUUUUGGAGGAACUUGGAGACGGCUGUAUCACAUCGAGACUCCGGGAUGAAAAGUCUCUUCUCUUGUAUGCAGAGAGAAACAGUCUGAGAGUUUGAGAGGUCUCUUCUUGUCGUUGAGGCGCAAUGGGACUCCCCACUUUGGAGUUCAGUGACUCGUUCCUGGACAGCCCGGACUUCAGAGAGCGGCUCAUAUGUCAUGAAAUCGAGCUGGAGCGGACAAAUAAAUUCAUCAAAGACCUCAUCAAGGAUGGGAACAUGCUCAUCACUGCGCUCCGGAAUCUGUCUGCUGCUGUCCAGAAGUUCUCCCAGUCCCUGCAGGAGUUCCAGUUUGAGUGCAUAGGUGAUGCAGAGACAGAUGAUGAGGUGAACAUCGCCCAGUCCUUCAAAGAGUUCUCUCAGCUGUUGAACACUGUGGAGGAAGAAAGGAGGCGCUUGAUUCAGAAUGCAGAUGACGUGUUGAUUACUCCCUUGGAAAAAUUUCGGAAGGAGCAAAUCGGUGCUGCAAAGGAGGGGAAGAAGAAAUUUGAUAAGGAAACAGAGAAAUACUACUCCACGCUCGAGAGACACCUCAACUUGUCAUCCAAAAAGAAGGAGGCAUACCUGCAGGAGGCCGACACGCAGAUUGAUAAGGAGAGACAACUCUUUUAUGAUGCGUCCCUUGAGUAUGUUUUUAAGAUACAAGAAGUGCAAGAAAAAAAGAAAUUUGAGUUUGUAGAGCCGCUCCUGGCCUUUCUUCAGGGUUUGUUUACAUUCUACCACGAAGGAUACGAGCUGGCUCAUGAAUUCGAGCCAUACAAACAGCAGCUCCAGUUCAACCUACAGAACACACGGAACAACUUUGUGAGCACCAAGCAGGAAGUGGAAAAGCUGAUGAAGAGGAUAAGAUCUGCAGAUCAGGACUAUAAACCCCCAGGCCAGUGGACGAUGGAAGGCUUCCUGUACGUCCAGGAGAAACGUCCUCUGGGGUGCACAUGGACACGUCACUACUGCACAUAUGAGAAAGGCAGCAAGACCUUCACCAUGAGCAACACUGAAACUAAGUCAGCAGGGAAACAGAAUGGGCUAGUCGUGAACCACGCAGAGAUGUUCAAACUCAAGUCCUGCAUUCGGAGGAAAACAGACUCCAUCGACAAACGUUUCUGUUUCGAUAUCGAAGUGGUGGAGAGAAAUGAGAUCUGUCGUGGAACUCUUUUCAGACCGCUUCAGUUUUUCUGUAAAGUCCGGCAUGGCGUUAUGACACUGCAGGCACUGUCAGAGUCUAACAGAAGAUUGUGGCUGGAGGCUAUGGAUGGCAAGGAGCCGAUUUACAACCUGCCAGCCAUAUUAAGCAAGAAGGAAGAGACAUUUCUUAAUGAGGCAGGCUUUAACUUUGUAAGGAAAUGCAUUGACCUGGUGGAGAUGAGAGGCAUCAACACGAUGGGCCUGUACAGAAUCGGAGGGGUCAACUCCAAAGUGCAGAAGCUGAUGACCACAGUGUUUUCAUCCAAGGCACCAGUGCAUAUGGACCUGGACCCAGAGACGUGGGACAACAAAACUAUCACCAGCGGUCUGAAGAAUUACCUCAGGUGUCUGUCUGAGCCUCUAAUGACCUUCAAGCAGCACAAAGAUUUUAUCAUGGCUGUCAAGUCAGACGACCAGAACUACAGGGUGUGUGCUGUCCAUGCCUUGGUCCAUAAACUGCCAGAGAGGAACAAAGAAAUGCUGGAGCUCCUAAUAAGACACCUUGUCACAGUUUCCACACAGAACCAGUCCAAUCUAAUGACAGUGUCCAACCUGGGCGUGAUCUUUGGGCCCACCCUCAUGCGCUCUCAGGAGGAGACUGUGGCGGCCAUGAUGAACAUCAAGUUUCAGAACAUUGUGGUGGAAAUUCUUAUUGAGAACUUUACCAAGAUCUUUCACCAGCCUCCAGAUCCAAACGUGCCCCUGCCUCAACCCCAGAGCCGGCCCGGCUCUCGAAGGAGCAGAGCCAUCUGUCUGUCCACGGGGCCCAGGAAGCCCCGCAGCAUCUACACGCCAACACUGUGCCUGGCAGAUGCAGAAAGUCCCUGCAUAGGUGACACAUUCAGCAGCAGUCCAGGCAGCACCCCCAUGGGCAGCAUGGAGUCUUUGUCCUCCCACUCCUCUGAGCAGAAUAACUCCUCCAAAACAGCUUCCUCUACUCAGGUCAAGGACAAGUCGCUCCUGGACCUCCGCCGAAUGCCAUCACAGCUCUCAAAUGGCCCCAGGAGCGCCGUAUGUGUCAGCAGCCCAGAGUCCAGCUCCAGGGAAGAUGCAGGGCAUACAGAUGGAGAGUCAGAGGAUGCUCUCAGCCUGUCCUCUGUGAGCACCACACCCAGGCUGUCUCCUGCCCCCAAAAAAGCCCCCCACUGUCGCACUGACCUCAGACCAGCCCUGCUGAACCGCUCAGCUGCUCCCUCUCUGAAAUCACUGCAUGUACCUGAAGGCCGAAGGAGCUGCUCUGGAUCUGUCCACAGUCUGUCAACACUGGAGCCCAAAGAGGGUUUAAAGCCUGCUGAGCACCCAGACCUGCCACCAAAACAAGUGAUUCGCCGCAGGAUGGACACCUCAGCCAUCAACGGCUACCAGAGACCUGGCUCAGUGGUUGCUGCAAGAGCACUGCUUUUUGAAAAUGCCUCCUCCCAACAGUCUGUUCCAGUCGGAAGAGAUGCCAAAGCAAUGUAUUCCUGUGAGGCAGAGCACAGCCAUGAGCUCAGUUUCCCCCAGGGGGCGCACUUCUCAAACGUCUACGCCUCUGUUGAACCAGGCUGGCUCCAAGCAACACACGAGGGGAAAACUGGUUUAAUCCCUGAGAAUUAUGUUGUCUAUCUCUAAGCAGCUGGUAAACAUUGCAUCUUUUUCAUGGCAUCCAUGGAAAUAUAAUGCACAAUAUGACUGAUUGUUGUGAUGUUUAGCUUCUUGCUGGUACCUGUCGUUUCUGCAUGUUGUGCAGAUAUCAAACAGGACAGUUAUUGCUCUACAUGUCCAAAGUUUACCUCCUUAACUUUAAUGGUUUUAUUGUAAAUUUAUUCGGGGAAUCAUGCUAGAUUCAGACGUUCAGAAGAAGUAGACUAUAAUGAAAAAAUGUAAUGUUAAUACAUUUUCCUUCAACUGCACUGAUAUUUUAAAAUCACAGUAUUAGAUCUCAGAAUCACAAAAACAAUCACAUCGUGUUUCACAAGAUUUAUUGUCAGUAAUAUAUUACCUUUGAACUUCCCAUUCUAUCAACAUAACACUUUCAUCCAGUUGUUAAUGGAAAGCUGUAGCUCCAAAGACAUGUUGCAUUAACUGUAAUUGAACAAACUGUGAUUAUAAAUAAGGAUAGAAUGUAGUUUGUUAGAUAUUAAUAGAAAAAAAGCAUAAUGGUUUGCACCUUAACUUUCAUGUUCAUGUGAACAUUGUUCAUCCACUGAACCUGCUCACCUCUGCAGUGCACUUUCUGUUUAGCUACAUGGUACUGUAAUGUAGAUUACCGCUAAUAUUUUUUUUGCUAAUCAAAAAUAUUUACCUCUUGUAACUGGUAGUUACUAUAAAUUGUCACAUUAAAUAUAUAUUCUGUAUGUAAAAUGUGUUUUUUUUUUAUAUAUAUAAUGCAAUGAAUGCUUUGUUAAUGAGGUGAAGCCCUCCUCUUGAGUGCUUACUGGUACACUGGUGUACUAUAACAACAACUAGACAUGUAUCAGAGUAUAUUAUGGAAUAGAUGUCAUUGAAUAUUUCUUUUUCUAUUACGCUCACAACAUUUCCAAAGUACAAAGUCCAUAAUCAUCUAGAAAGUGAACUUUAUUGACACUAUUUCAGCAGAAAAGGAUAAAAAAAAUGAAAUCAGAACAAACUCCUACAUGCUUCAGUUAUUACAAACUAAAAGUUUUAUAUCAAAGUCAACCUUACUCUGUUGGAAGUAAGUUUUAUUUGAAAGGUUAUAUUAGACGCUGCACUUGCCAAGAUCAGGCUGUUCUUUCCCAUUUACAUUUUUAAGAAUGUGGUGGCCUUGAACACUGAUGCUGGGAUAAUACUCCCCUACAGUCUGAAAUUGCAAAGGCUUAUCAAGGAAAUGAUAUCCAUAUCCUGACUAUGUAACGUUUGGCGUCCUUUUUUGUUUUCUUUAAAUGGAAAGCUUGUUUCCUUGCGAUCAGCUACUGUGUCGGGACAGUACAUAAACAUGUCUAAUAAUAAACAGCGUGAUUUAUUAGA